AAAAGGGAGAAGAGAAGGGAGCUACGUAUAGAGAUGAGAGAACAACAAUCCUUUUAACAGCAGCUAGCUGCUGCCUAUGGAAUUUUUUCUUUUAGCUGGAAAUCAAACUUUGAUUUGACUGUUGUACAAUUUAAGCUUGUACUACAAUAUAAAUUCCAAAAAAAAUAAAAAUUCUCAACCAUUCUAAAGAUUGAGGAAGAUCGUCUAAGGUGCUUUCGGAAGCAGAUCAGCCUCACCAAGUGAAAACAAAAUAACCAUAUUUCUGACCUUUAUAAAUCCAUGGCUCCAAGCACAAUCAGAAAAGCCAUAGGAGCAGUGAAGGACCAGACCAGCAUAAGCCUAGCAAAAGUUGGAAGCAGUAACUCACUAGGAGACCUUGAAGUAGCCAUUGUGAAGGCAACAAGACACGAUGAAUACCCAGCAGAAGAGAGACACAUACGUGAAAUACUUAGCUUAACAUGCUAUUCACGUGCAUAUAUAAGCUCUUGUGUGAACACCCUCUCUAGGCGCCUCAGCAAGACUAAGAAUUGGAUUGUGGCACUUAAAACACUUAUGUUGAUCCAAAGGCUACUCUCUGAUGGUGAUCCUGCGUAUGAGCAAGAAAUCUUUUUCUCAACUAGGCGCGGCACGCGUCUUCUUAACUUGUCAGAUUUCCGCGACAUUACACAUUCAAAUUCAUGGGAUUAUUCUUCUUUUGUAAGAACGUAUGCAUUGUAUCUUGAUGAAAGGCUUGAGUUUAGGAUGCAAAGCCGGAGGGGAAAACGCAGUGCUUUCGCAUUAGAAGAUGAUGAUGAGGAAGCUAGCCAACAUAACCAGGCACCUCCAAGAGCUACACCAGUGCGUGAGAUGAAGAAUGAACUUAUAUUUUCAAGGAUGCAGCAUUUGCAACAGCUUCUUGAGCGACUCUUAGCAUGUCGCCCUACAGGUGAAGCAAAGAACAACCGAGUUGUGAUAGUGGCUCUCUACCCCAUUGUGAAAGAGAGUUUCCAAAUAUACUAUGACAUAACAGAAAUAAUGGGUAUCUUAGUAGACCGCUUCAUGGAGCAAGAGGUCCAAGACUGUGUGAAGAUCCACGAGAUGUUUUGCCGAGUUGGCAAACAGUUUGAUGAGCUCGACAUGUUCUAUGCCUGGAGCAAGAGCAUUGGGAUUGCACGCUCUUCUGAGUACCCAGAGCUUGAGAAGAUUACCCGAAAAAAACUUGAGAUAAUGGACGAAUUCAUAAGAGACAAGUCAGCUUUGGCAGAAUGCAAAAAAUCAAAGCCUCAACAGGAGGAGCAAAAGGAAGUGCCUGUAGAAGAAAAUGUAGAAGAUAUGAAUGCUAUAAAGGCUCUGCCACCACCAGAGGGUUUUGUUGAAACCUCAGUUGUGGAAGAGAAAAAGGAAGUAGAACCAAUAAAGAAAGAGGAAAAAGAAACCAAAAUUACACAACAAGAAGGUGAUUUGUUGAACUUAGGAGAAGGUACAAUUACUAGUGAAGAACAUGCUGAUAAAUUAGCCUUAGCCUUAUUUGAUGGGGGUGCACAACCAACAAAUCAAGCACCAGCUCUUGCAUGGGAAGCCUUCAAUGAUGAGAAUGCAGACUGGGAAUCAACAUUGGUACAAUCAGCGAGCAAUCUGUCAGGGCAGAAGCCAUCACUUCCAGGUGGUUUUGACAUGUUAUUGCUUGAUGGCAUGUAUAAACAGGCAGAAACAAAUGCAGCAAUUCAGGGUCCUGGCUCUGGGGUUACUGGAAGUGCAAGCAGUGUUGCACUUGGUUCAGCUGGAAGGCCGGCAAUGCUAGCAUUGCCGGCACCAGCAUCACCCGAAGGCAGCUCAGCUAUGACCAGUAGUGCAGACCCUUUCGCAGCCUCAUUGGCAGUGGCACCGCCGCCUUACGUGCAAAUGUCAGAUAUGGAGAAGAAGCAGAGGCUGUUGGUGGAUGAACAAUUGAUGUGGCAGCAGUAUGCUAAGGAUGGGAUGCAAGGACAGCUUGGAAUUGCAAAGAUGCAGCAACACAAUCCUUACAACAUGGGAGGUUACACACAGAGCUAUUGAAGCUUUUCUUUGUUAAUGAGGCCUAAGUUAUAUGUGUCUGUUCUUUUUUUUUUUUUGGGUCUCCAUUUUUUGCCUUUGCUGUUGCUCCCUUAUUUCUCAUUGAGUUUAAAGAGUUUCUAGGUAUGUUUGGAUACAGCUGAAAACUGAAAACUGAAAUUGAAAAUUGAAAAACA